AGAAAGAAACCCUACUGAGCUACCAAAUGGACAAAGGCGCUUCCUUUCUAUUCGCUGGCAUCACUUUCGAUAAGAAGAAGUUUUCCGGCGACUUCUCCCGAUUCCAGGAGAAAAAACAGAUUACUGAUAAUGAUAAUGAUAAUGAUAAUGAUGAUUUGCGCUCACUCCAAACCACAAUUUCAGAGCCACUGCAACAGCAACUGCCUCUUAACAAGAAGAAGCGGAAACAUGCUACUUCUUCUGAAACGGUGGAGGGUUUUAAUGUCUUUAAGGCUUCAAAGUCUUUAGCUUUGGCAGCAGAUGAACAUAACGACCAAGAUGAUCAAACACACCACUCUUCUUUGAAGAAUAAGAACAAGCAAAUUGAGAGAGAUGCUCUUUUAAGGAAAGAGUAUGGCAUUCAUGUAUCUGGGGAUAACGUCCCUUCCCCACUUCACAAUUUUGCCGAGCUAAGCUCCAGAUACGAUUGCGAGCCUUAUUUAUUACACAACCUGGUUGAACUUGGAUUUAUGGAGCCAACUCCAAUUCAAAGGCAGGCUAUUCCAGUCCUCCUAUCUGGCCGAGAAUGCUUUGCUUGUGCCCCAACUGGAUCCGGGAAAACCUUGGCUUUUAUUUGUCCAAUGUUUAUGAAACUUAAGAAUUCGUCAAAGGAUGGUAUUAGAGGUGUUAUCUUGUGUCCCACGCGUGAAUUAGCUUCUCAGACAACAAGAGAGUGCAAAAAAUUGACAAAAGGAAAAUUAUUUCAUAUUAAGUUGAUGACCAAAGAACUUUUAAGAACUGCUGAUUUUUCAAAGUUGCGAUGCGAUAUUCUCAUAUCAACACCGCGUCGGUUACAGAUAGCUAUCCGCAAGAAAAAGGUGGACCUAAGCAGGGUUGAAUAUCUUGUUCUGGAUGAAUCUGACAAGCUAUUUGAGCUUGGCUUGUUGAAGCAGAUUGAUUCUGUAGUCAAAGCAUGCUCAAACCCUUCAGUUGUACGUUCAUUGUUCAGUGCUACUCUGCCUGAUUUUGUUGAGGAGCUUGCACGUACAAUAAUGCAUGAUGCUGUCAGAGUAAUCAUUGGCAGAAAGAAUGCUGCUUCUGAAACAAUCAAGCAAAAGUUAGUUUUUACUGGAAGUGAAGAAGGGAAACUGAUUGCACUUCAUCAAAGUUUUUCAGAGAGUCUGAACCCACCAGUAUUGAUUUUUGUGCAAAACAAGGAACGUGCAAAUGAAUUAUUUGAGGAACUGAAAUUUGACAGCAUUAGAGCUGGUGUUAUUCAUUCUGAUUUGACUCAAUCACAGCGUGAGAAUGCUGUUGAUGAUUUUAGAGCUGGUAAGACGUGGGUCUUGAUUGCGACUGAUGUUGUUGCUCGUGGUAUGGAUUUCAAAGGGGUCAAUUGCGUGAUAAAUUAUGACUUUCCAGAUUCUGCUGCUGCUUAUAUUCACAGGAUUGGACGGUCUGGCAGAGCAGGGAGGACCGGAGAAGCUAUUACAUUCUACACAGAAAAUGAUGUUCCAGUUUUACGUAAUAUAGCUAAUGUUAUCACAGGAUCUGGCUGUGAGGUUCCUUCUUGGAUCAUGGCUUUGCGCAAGGUGAAGUGGAGAAAGCACCGUCCAAAAAGAGAUUCGAUUUCAACAAAACCAAAAGGCCUUGAAGAUUGAAACAAAGAUUCGAACAAAAAUUACUAGAGUGUUUGCUAUUCAAAAAUUCUUAAUAUUUGAAUUUGGAUUGCUUUAGAUACAUAAUUCCUAAACUUGUGAUACAGUGCAAAUUUUGCUGCACUUCUUGUUAGUGAUCUAAACAAGGAAGAGGGUACUAAAACAACUAAACUAGCUGUAUUGAAAAAGAUGCAGAGCACUGUUUCACACUUUUGAUCGACUUUAAGAUAUAACACAUCCUUCUGAGCUGCA